CAGACUAGAAACAACAGUUAAAUGGUUGCGUUUCCGUUACUUAUAAAUAAUUAUUUGGAAAUUAAUAUUAAUCAUGGGAAGUGAUAUGAGUUAAUAAGUACAAGUUUUGUGGAAAGGCUUAAUCCGCGUAUAUCAUUCAUAAUGUCAUGCUCGUGCAAUAUCAAGCCCGCAAUUAAACCUAUUUAUUCUUGAAAUCAAUUGCCGAUGGUUGCAAAACCUUCAAUCGGAACAGGUGUGCUGGAUGAAGUAGUUACAUCACUAACGAAAUGAGUUCACAUGACUUUCGUCGCAGUGUAAUUUUAGAGGAUACCAGCAGGAUGAAUGCAACAUCAACAGCUACCACACCACAUCCAUCCAACAACGCCGAAGGUCCUUUAGCUGACUCUACCAUGACAAAGCUGCAGGUCAUCAUGGACGCUCUCCUCAUAACGCUCACCGUGCUUCUCAUGUUGUCGUUCGGCUGCUCCCUGCACAUCAAACACAUAAAGGAUCACUUCAGCCGGCCCAUCGGUGUGGUCCUAGGUGUUCUUCUGCACUUCAUUGUGCUGCCAUACAUGUUUUACGCCCUGGACCAGGUGAUGAUGUUGGAUCGCUACGACGAGAUGAGUCUUACCGUCCUCGCCACCUGCCCCGCCGGUGGCGUCUCUAAUCUCUACGUCUACUACGCCGAUGGUGAUCUGGCACUCGGGGUGAUUGUAACGGCGGCGUCCACGGUGCUUGGGCUGGCCUUCAUGCCGCUCAACAUGUGGUUGUUCUCGCGCGCGUGGGAUGGCGGCCCCGUCCUCCCCUACAUCCAGACAUUCAUCUCCCUGGUAACCAUUCUGGUCCCCGUGGCCACCGGCAUGAUCGUGCUAAGGUUCUCACAGAGCGCUGCUAAGUGGGUGUCCAUACUGGGAAGCAUCACGGCGACGGUGAUGAUCGUGGGGACGGUGGGGCUGAGUAGCUACAUGUACCCACAGAUGUACCUCUCAUCAUGGAAGACAUGGUUCAUCGCCGCCGCCUUCGCCCCUCUCGCCUUCAUCACCGGCUACUUACUUUCGCUCCUGAUGCGCCUGCCCGCAGACACACGCCGAACAAUGGGGAUUACCACAAGCGCCAAGAGUAUGGCACUGUGCCUGACAAUUAUUGCUGUGUCGUUUCAGUCUAGUGACUAUAUCCGGUAUCUCGUGUUUCCAGAACUUCAUAGUAUUAUUCUAAUGGUCGAGCUGGCUUUAUACUGCCUAGGCUACCGCUUUUACCGUUGGUGCAACGGCAAAUACGUCAUGUCCUCUGAGCUACCAACGGACGUAUCGGCUCUGGACACUCAGCUCUCGUCAUCCGACUGUGAGGAACCGACACAGAUAACGACUAUAGAAGAUCUCAACGUGACCAUUAAUCGUAGAAUGAGUGACUCGCAUGCUCUUGCGGCCUCAUAUCCUCCUAUUGUUACCUCAGAAUACAAGAGCGAGUUAAGAAUGAAUUUAUAAUAACCACGGGAGAUAACGAUAAGAAUAUAUUAAUAUGACAUUGGUAUUAAGCUAUCAUAUUAAAAUAGG